UGUGUGAUAAAUAAUUAAACAACUAGUUUAUCUCCGGAGUGGAUGUGUGUGGCUGCAGCUGCAUGCUUUCCCCGCUGUGUGUGUGUGUUGACUCGGGGAUGCGGUCCGGAGGUCGCUCCCGGCUCUGCAGCUCUGCUGGACGGCAGGAUGCUCCUCUGAGCUCCGGGGGGAAACUGAACAUCUGUGCCUCCUCCUCCUCCACCUGGAUGCACAGUAAAAACUAAGCCGUUAUUUCCUCAUUUUUGGCUGUUUAAAAAAAAAAAUUAAACCACAUAUUUACAUCAGAGCGACUCGAAUCAGCCUAUCGAGUUGUUAAUUGUAAUGAAUGUUUUGUUUUUGUAUAAACGCGAGUGUAUUGUGAACUACAGGUUUUAGCCGAGCUAGCUGCCUCUCCGUGCUCCUGCUAACUAGCAUGCAAAGCCGAACAAUAAAUAUUUGCAUGAAAUAUCAUUAAAUUGCGUUGUUGUUUGUUUUAUUUAUUUAUUUUUAAAAAAAUUUAUAAAUAAUAUGAGGAGAAAUAUAACGCGUUAAUAAGUUUGCAAGGUAAUUAUCUAACUAAGCUAGCUAGCUAACGGUUAGUGCUAGCUAACGCUAAUGGUUAGUGCUUGUUUCACUGUCAAAGCUAGCUAGCGUUACAAAACAAACAAAACGCUUGUUUUGAUGAUAAAUAUUGGUUUUUAUUUACAAUUUGACCUAUCGGGCUAAAUCCUAGGCAUUGACUAUCCCUGGUAAAACUGAAUAUAUGUAUUAUUUCGGGUUUAAUGGAUGACAGGAAGCUGACUGGAUUUCCCUGAGAAUGAAUGGUACUGAUGGAGUUUGGCGUUUUUCUGAGGAAAGAAGAAGGAUUUGUUGGUAAGAAGGCCAACACUUUUUAAUGCAGGAAACUGUUUUUUUGACGCUUAUUAAGCUGGACAGGCGAAUAAGAGGAAACAUUGGACCUGUUUUGGUUAUAUUGGAUUGAAGAACAAAAAUUAAAAAUGGCCCAGGAGGCGUUUCCUUUGCAUCUUCUGGUCUGGAACAAUCGGUACCUGGAGCUCGACAGAGAGCUGAAGAAAAAACAGCAGGACAUGGAGUGUGUAGAUCCACGUGGACGUACGCCGCUCGAAUUGGCGGUGUGCCUCGGUCAUGUGGAGUCUACGCGUGUGCUGCUACGGCACAACGCAGAUCCUACGCGCUGCAGUGCACGAGGAUGGACAGGUGAGACACUCCUGACUGGGAAACAAGUGUUACAGGAAGCAGUAAGCACAGGAGACCCCGAGCUGGUGCAGCUGGUCCUCCAGUACAGAGAUUUCAAACGAGCCACAGAGAGACUGGCUGGUAUUCCUGAGCUUCUCAGCAAACUGAGACAGGCACGGGAUUUCUAUGUGGAGAUGAAGUGGGAGUUUACGAGCUGGGUGCCUUUGGUGUCGAAAGUGUGUCCGAGUGACGUGUACCGUGUGUGGAAGAGCGGCUCGUGUCUGAGAGUGGACACCACGUUACUGGGUUUUGAGCACAUGACCUGGCUCAAGGGUCGCCGCAGCUACAUCUUUAAGGAUGGUGACAGUGGGGCCAUGGUGAUGGAGGUGGACCAUGAGAAGCAGGUGGUGUACACGGAACCGCUGGCUCUGUCUCCACGUGACGCACCAUCCCUCCUCGCUGCCAUGCUGCCGACACAAGAGAACACAGCGCAGAGGCUCACCUCUCCCAUCGUCUCCACACAACUUAACACGCGCAACAUCGCCUUUGAGAGGAACAAGUCUGGGAUUUGGGGCUGGCGCUCCGAAAAGACUGAAGUAGUGAGCGGAUAUGAGGCCAAGGUGUAUAGUGCCAGUAACGUGGAGCUGGAGACGCGUUCUCGAACCGAGCACCUCUCUGAUCAGGACAAGUCCAGAUGCAAAGGAUCCAGAACUCCGCUUCAGUCUUUCCUUGGAAUUGCAGAGCAGCACGUUUCGAACAACGGGAGUCAGGUAUCUCAGUGCGCCAGUCCUCACAACCCAACAGCCAUCACGGCUGAGGAGUACUUCGACCCUGAGUUUAAUCUGAACGGCAGAGACAUCGGCAGGCCCAUCGAGCUCACCAGCAAGGUGCAGAGGUUUAAGGCCACAUUGUGGUUAAGUGAGGCCCACCCUCUUUCACUAGCUGAGCAGGUGACGCCCAUUAUUGAUCUCAUGGCUAUUUCUAAUGCUCACUUUGCUAAACUGCGUGACUUCAUCACCCUGCGUCUGCCGCCAGGCUUCCCUGUGAAGAUAGAGAUCCCUCUCUUCCAUGUACUGAAUGCACGGGUGACCUUCAGUAACCUGUGUGGCUGCGACGAGCCGGUCAGCUCCGUUACUGUGCGCUCGCCACAAGGAGCCACUGAUGCAGGUCAGAGCCCUCCCACCGUGCACUGCGAAGUGGAUCCGUCUGUCUUCGAGCCGCCGGCGGAUUACACGACACUCGGUCCAGGCCGUAACGAGCCGCUGAGAGAUGAGGAUGAUAACCUGCUGCAGUUUGCCAUUCAGCAGAGUUUGCUGGACGCAGGGACAGAAAGUGAUCAGGUGACCAUAUGGGAGGCUCUGACAAACACUCGUCCAGUGUCUUCUCCACCUCCGCUUUAUGAGGAGGACUCCCAGCUCGAGCGGGCGAUCCAGGAGUCCCUGUCUCUGUCACUGGCUGGGGGAGAAAGCGGGGAAGCUCCUGCUCAGUCUCCGCCUGGUUCCUCACCCGACCCUGCCCUCAACUCGCCAUCUUCCUACAACUCCUUGGUUGAGCCACAGGUAACCGGGGCAUUCGCCAUAGCAACCAGCUUUGACGAGCAGCUCCGUCUGGCAAUGGAGCUUUCCUGCAGAGAGCAGGAGGAGCUGGAUAGGAAAAGAAGAGAAGAGGAGGAGGAGCUUGAAAGGAUUUUACAGCUCUCACUCACAGAGAAAUGACCACACAAACAGUAUCAAAAAGCUUAAUUUAUUUGUGCUUUUUUUCUUCAGUGUUGAAUUAUUAAAUAUUCAUGCUCCUUUUUUUUUUUUUGAAAUGGGACAGAGGGCUUAAAGAGAUCAGAGAGAGAGAAAUGGAGGAGUACCAGGUUAUGAAAGAAUGUAGAUGAAUGAAUAACAUCAAUCCAUGAGCAUGACGAGACAAUUUCAAUGAUAUCCUCUCAAUCUCUGCCAUCGUUCUGAGUGAAAACGUUCAGACCUUGUUUAUUAUACAAUACUGACAAUGUGAAUAUGAAAUGUUGAUAACUAUUGCGAUGCAUAAAGUGAUAAAAGAAGUAAUAUUGCAGAAAGAGUUAAAUAUGUUGGCUAACAAAGAAUAAUUAAGAAUAAUUAUUAAAUGUAUCUGAAACACUUUCACAAUCCUUAAAUGAUUUUAUUCA